ACGCGUCUCCUGAAGGAAGCGCGUGAACCAGACACCCGAUGAAUGAGUUUCAAAUUCCAACUGCCGGCGUCGCCAGCUCGAGUGGACACUGACACCGCAGGAAAGUCAGGACGUAUUUCAACUCCGAGAGAUUUACUGUAGAUCUUUUGUCUUGUGCUUCGGUAGUCUCCGUUUUUUUUUUCGUUCCAGAACAACAAACGUUUAUCUGUUUUGCAUAGACUAGAAAAAAAACGAACAUAAUUUUGGGGAAUUUGGGAAAUCCGUUACUUUCUACGAUGAGGACAAGUCUUCAAGUGAGAAAACUUGCGCAACAACGAUUCAGAGUCAUGAGCCAGUCGGUCCAGCAGAGGGCGUAGCGACUCGCUCGUGACCCCACCGCGGCGUUACCGGCCAUGACGGAGCAGCGCGAGGGCGACGACGUAAAAGCGCCCGGCGUGCCGCCCGCGGCGGCCCCGGACGAGGAGAAGACGCCGACGCGCGGCGGCGACGGCGGCGUCGCCGGGGGCGACGGGCGCGCGGUAACCAUAGCGACCUCGCCGCUGGUGCGCGACGUGCAGCUGACGGCGGCGACGGGCGGGGCGGAUCUCUCGUGCUACCGCUGCACGGUGCCGUUCGGCGUGGUGGUGCUGAUCGCCGGCGUGGUGGUCACCGGCGUGGCCUACGCCUUCAACACGCACGGCUCCACCAUCUCCGUGCUGGGCCUGGUGCUGCUGUCGGCCGGGCUGCUGCUGCUCGCCGCUAGCGUGGCCUGCUGGAAGCUCCGCCGAGAGAGGCAGAGGAGGGAGCGCCGCCGCGAGAGCCAGGCCGCCCUGGUGGCCACGAGAGGAACUGCGUUCGUGUGAGAGGGAGCCAGGCCGCUCUGGUGGCCACGAGAGGAACUGCGUCUGUGUGACAGGGAGCCAGGCUACCCUGGUGGCCACGAGAGGAACUGCGUCUGUGUGACAGAGAGCCAGGCUACCCUGGUGGCCACGAGAGGAACUGCGUCUGUGUCACAGAGAGCCAGGCUACCCUGGUGGCCACGAGAGCAACUGCGUUCAUGUGACAGAGAACCAGGUCGCCCUGGUGGCCACGAGAGGAAGUGCAUUCGUGUGACAGAGAGCCUGGCCAGACGUUUUUCAAGCCCAUUUCAUGACACAUAAUUUGGCUGAUGCUUUUAUCAAAAGCAUACAUAGAGUUUAUUAGACUAAGCAGGAGCCAAUCCCCCUCUAGGCCCGACAGCUGUGCGGAUCUUAUCGUGGAUUGAACCAUCAGUCUUGCGGGCCCCAGUCACGGACCUUAACCGCUACGCCACGGGCCGCCCCCGUUUCCUGGGCUGUUGCUGGGAGACGUUGCUGAGAGACGUUGCUGAGAGACGUUGCUCACUCGCCCCAGUGCGGUUGGCCCCCAGAGUCACUGUGUCAGUCACCCCUUUCAAUGCAAGUCCACGGUAUCAAAUACGGUGAAAAUACAAAGUCAAUCAUAUUUUCCCACCUGAAAAUGUACUCGCAAUCAGUGUUUUUUCUACACAUCUAAUGUCUCACCAUGUGCCAAUUUUUUAAAGUUAUUAUUGCUAUUAAGACAACACAGUAAUGCUUUGUGAAUCAGUUUGCGUCACUGCUGAUUCACUCUCUCUCAUUCAUUCAUUCUCUCUCUCUCUCUCUCUCUCUCUCUCUCUCUCUCACAAAUAUCUCUGGCUCUAGUCACAGUCUACAGUCCAUCUAUGGGGAGGGCCAGGCCACCCUAGUGAUGACCGGGGAAAGAGCAUUCAUGAGAGAGAGGCCCCAGCCAGCGGGGGUGCAUCUCAAUACCCUGAAAAAAUGCAUCCUCCUUUCCUCCACUUGUCUCCUCCCCCCCCAUACUUCCACAGAAGGAGACGAGUGGAGGAGACGAGGACACAUUCUUUGAGUAUUGGGAUGCACCCCUGGCAUCACAAUGUACUGAAAGACUGGGGGGGGGGGGGG